GGUUACAAGACCACCGUAGUCCCCGGAUAUGACCAUUUGGGUCAGGGGUAUAUCAUCACCUACCUCUAUCCAUUGACGUUCUACCCCUUCCAACAAUGGGGAAUGGCACUAAUCAAUUCAUCAAGAACGCCAAGGGAUUGCUCGAUGGUCAAGUCAGAUUCUUCAAUCAACACUUAAGCGAACCCUUGGCUAACUUGUUCGACUUACCUAUCAAAAUUGUAUUGUCUCCGUUCACUAUCCCUAAUGACAUUUCCGGCUCCGCUCCUCGUGGUUUUGGCAUCCCGGAGUUCAUCUCCAAGCUCUCAUAUUCUGCAAUCUUUGCAGUUGCUGCUCUUGGGACAUGUGAUAUCGCACUCGAAUUAGGGAAAAAAGUGAUUUGUCAAAGAAACUGUCAAACUUGCAAUGGAUGGAACGCGUUAAGAUGCACCAUGUGCAGAGGCACAGGGAAGGUCAUGUAUCAAGUGAAAAACUACACAUUAAGAAGUGGUGAAAAAGCAACAGCUGAAGCUAUUGCGGAUGCCAUUGCUGAAAAUAGAGCAGAGCUUGUUCAUCUUCCAGCCACCAUGGAUCUAAAUGUUCCAUUGCCAUCAAAAGACUGUGAUUCCUGUGAUGGAUCUGGUGUAAUGAAAUGCCCUGAGUGCAAGGAUAAAUUACAAGUCAGGAUAUCUGCUGAUGAUAUUAUCGAGCCACCAUGGAAAGCUUACAACAUAAUGAAAAAAAUGGACUACCCUUAUGAGCAUAUUAUUGACAGCAUGAAAGACCCAAGCAUUGCUGCAUUUUGGUUAAUCACAAUGCCUCAAAUCAUGGGAGGAUUUGAAUAUGAUGAUGAGGUCAAACAAAAAAUAUGGUGGCAAUACAAGGAAAAUAUGCGAUAUGAUCAACUUCGUGAUGCUGUAGCAAUGAGAAAACCUGGAUGGGAGUAUUUACAAGAAGGAUUGAUCUCAAUGGAUCCAGAACGUGCAAGAAAUGAUCCAGUGGUUGUAAAGAACAUUCCUUACUACAAAGCAAAAACCAAAUUAGAAGGAGAAGUUAUGAAGCUCAAUCCACCACCAAGACCUCAAAACUGGGGGGAGCUAAAUGUCCCAUUAAAUGCAUCUUCAUGGAGUGAGGAAGAUUUAAAAGAUCCAAAAAAGUUAUAUGAAAUGACAGUUCUUUUGAACGCACAAAGAGAAAUUGCAGAAAAGAUUUUAGAUGAUCAAUGGGAGACAAAAUGGCGCCAAGAAAAGUUGAACAAGAUGUUGGAAGAGAAGCUACAACCUUAUAUUGAGAAUAUUGACAAUGGUGUUCUUUCUCAACCGAUAGUAAUAGGAGCCCCAAAAAACGAUCAAAAGAGGACUCGUCGACAAAGAAGAUGGUGGUGGUUUUGAUAUGGGAGGUAAUAUGUCAAGAAGUAUGUAUGGGUUAAAUGCUUUAUUUUUUGAUAUAUAAGAGAUGCUUUUAGUUUAGAAUGUGUAAGCAAAUGUAUACUUGAAAUACUAUAUAUAUUUGUUUUACAAAAUUACAAAAUCAUGCACAACAAAAACAU